AACCCACACUCGACUUCAUUCACUCUCAGACUUUCUCUCUUGCAUCCUCACUGGUCCUCAAAGGUCAAAACAACCAUCACGAAGAUGAACAAGCCACUGCUCCUGCUGGUCGCUCUGACUUUCUGCUGUUGCAUCGCGUCUCUGCAUGGUUUUCCCAUUAACACCUGCCGCUGUAGGCGGACGGUCGCGAAUCCUAUUCCUCCUAGAGCAGUCAAGAAGAUAGAGGUGACUCCUGUCUCAGGACACUGCCCCCGAACUGAAAUCACCAUCACCGUGAGGAAUGGUAACAGGAUUUGUGUCGAUCCAGAGGCCAAGUGGUUUCCAGGCCUUCUCAACACUCUGCAAAAGAAAACUGCUGAGCCAACCACUGUUUCUAGCUUCUGAUCACGUUUCGUGGCAUAUCGAUGCCUUCAGUCAUCAAGCUGUGAAUUACCGGAGGAAGGCUGACCCACCUUCCAUUGUUUAUGUCACUGUCUUUUGGUUUUGUAUUGAACCUUUUUGCAGUUUCAUUUAUUUUUAGUGUUUAAGGGAAAAAAAAUUAUAACGUAUACAAAAUACCAUGAUCGAAAUGUGACCUUUUAUACCUGAUAGUAUUAAUGCGCUGUCUUACCAUUUUAAAGAA